GUCGGUGGACCAUCAUGGACAGUGAAACUUGGAAGAAGAGACUCUACCACUGCUAGUCGAACACUGGCUAAUGCCAACCUUCCUAGCUUUACAGCUUCUCUUGAGAGUCUCAUUUCACAAUUCCGCAAUAAAGGAUUAAGUGAAAGAGAUAUGGUUGCUCUUUCAGGAGCUCAUACAAUUGGCCAAGCUCAAUGUCUAACUUUCCGCAAUAGGAUUUACAGUAAUGGAAGUGAUAUUGAUGCUGGCUUUGCUACUAUUAGAAGACGCCGAUGUCCGGCUGAUCCCAACACAGGGAAUGGAAAUCUUGCACCGCUCGAUUUGGUGACACCAAAUUCUUUUGACAACAACUACUUUAGAAAUCUUCUUCAAAGAAAAGGUCUUCUUCAUUCAGAUCAGGUCCUUUUCAGUGGCGGAUCGACAGACAGUAUUGUUAAUGAGUAUAGUAGCAGCCCUUCAACUUUCAGUUCUGAUUUUGCUUCUGCUAUGGUAAGGAUGGGAGAUAUUGAACCUUUAACUGGUUCUCAAGGACAGAUUCGCAGACUAUGCCGUGUCGUUAACUAAUUCAUUUUGCUAUCAAUAUUUGUUUUUAUUACAGUGUCAUAAAUGUUGUAUGCUAUAAAAAUAUAUCGUGGGAAAAAAGCCUGAGCAAGAUGGAUUUCUUCAAGUAAUAUUUAGAGCACUUUUAUCAACUUGUUUUGUGAGAAUUUUGUAAUUCUGUUCAGCCACUACCAAAUGUUUAUGAUAUAUAUAUGGGAAAAUUAUUAUUAUGUCCUUAAGGUUUUA